CCUUGGGGUCGUCCGCCGUUAAAAGAAGCACCAGCAAAAUUAGUGUCGUCGGAAGAGAAGAGUGAGCAUAGGAAUCAGAACAGAAUUACAUCGGCGGCGAUGGUUCCCGAUUGAAGAAGAUUGCAAUGGGUUUGAUUUCUUACUUCGGACUCAAUCGUUUGGGAUUAGGGUUACGUUUCCCGCCGGCAGUGCGACGGGGAUGGGAUCGCUGCUGCCAUACAAACAGUAUUUCCGGGCCAGUGAAAUCCAGGAAGAGCUUGUGGGCGCUGAUUACUCGUCCGGCCACUCCCAAAUCCUGCGUCAAACGUAAUCUGGACAAUUGGGUUAAAUAUCACAAGAAAAAGGCUCCGGGGGACGACUUCAAGAGGAUUCUGCUCAAACUUCGUAAGGACGGGCGGUUCUAUCUAGCUCUACAGGUUUAUGAAUGGAUGAGAAAAAAAGGUAUUUAUAAAUUCUCAUCUAGAGACUAUGCUUUCCAGUUCAAUUUGAUUUGUAGGGUUCGAGGAUGUUUUGCUGCGGAGCGCUAUGUCAGGAACUUGCCAAAACAAGCUAGAAAUGACGAGACACAUGGAAUGCUCCUUCAUUGUUAUGUGCAAAAACACAAAGGCGACAUCUACAGACGUCCUUUGUUGCAUCUUGAGAAGAUGAAAAGGUUGGGUUUUCCAUUAUCGCCUCGCCCUUUCAAUGAGAUCAUGCGCAUAAAUGGAUACUAUCCUGAGGAGGUUCUUGAGGUGAUGGACGAGAUGAAGAAGAGCAAGGUUUCACCUGAUAAUGAUAGUUACAGAAUCUGCAUUAGUUCAUUUGGGUUAACCUAUGAUGUGGAUGGGAUGGAGAGAAUGCUGAGAGAAAUGGAGAGUCAACCCCACAUUGUCAUGGACUGGUGUACUUACGCCGUGGUAGCCGAGUUCUAUGAUAGGGAAUUCCUUGUAGAUAAGGCCACCGAUGCUCUUGAAAAGGCAAGGGUAAUAUUACAAAAGAAGGAUAUUAGAAGGAAAAGCCCCAACUAUCUUCUAGAAAGUGAUUAUGAGAAUGUGAUAAAGUCACUGGUGAAGCUUGGUGAGUUAGAUGAGGCUAUGGAGUUCAUGGAUGAGUGGGAAGCAUUAGGCAAUUGGCGCCUUGUGGAUGAUAUUCGCAUUCCAUACAUAAUUGUUGAAGAGUGUGUCAAAAAUGGUAAAUUCCAAGUGGCAUUUAAUAAAAUCAAGAUGUGGUCUAGAAAAGGGAAGACUGGUGUGGACACACUUUCAAGCCUACUUUGUAAAGAAUACCUUAAAGUGGGUAAUGUGAGUCAAGCAUUUAACUGCUUUCGAGGACCUCGUCGUGCAUUAGAACUUCACCCAACUGUUCCCAUGUUGUUUUUCAAAUACCUAGAAGAAGAAUGUGGAUCAUUCUUUCCCUUGCGCUGCACUAGAUCAGUUAAACCUGCCCCAGACACACUAUUCUUAAAAGCCAAUCCAAUCCAUUCGGUACAACAUGGGAACUUGAGUCAAACCUUAAAUAUGGAUUACAAGAAUACUAUCAAGUCACUACUCGAGUCAGGAAAGUUAAAUGAGGCCAGGAAGAUGGUGAUAGAGUGGGAAACAUCUGGCAAUUGGCAUAGUAGUAGUACUGAUUAUCUGAACAUUCUUAAGUUGAUCAUUGAAGGGUACUGUAAAAAGUGUUUCUUUGUGGAAGCAGAGGCAAUAGCCGAAGCUUGGACUGGAGAAAAAAGGUCUCAGGUUGCAGAAAUUUGGUUUGUGUUAGCUUCGCAUUACCAGCUACAUGGUAAAAUGGAAAGAGGAUUCGAGUGCAUGAGGAGGUGUUUUGAUUUAACACCAGGGCUCGAGGGCAGUUACAAUAUGAUGUUUUCGACGUUUAUAAAUGUCAUUGAGUAUUCAAGAGGCCAUUAAAACAAUGAGAUUCACCCAUCAUUUUCCAUUAAAACAAUCUGUCUUCUCUAUUACAAUUUACAAUGCAGCAUUAUAUUAUAAGUCAAUGCCGCAUGCGUUUCCCUUCAAGGCUGGAAGUGAAAAGGUACUGUCUAUGUGUUUUCUUUUUUAAUUUUAUAUUUUCGAUCAAAGAUCAUACCAGAGUAUGUUUUUUUGAACUUGUAGGGUUCAUUAUGUCCCUCUGUCUCUUGAGAUGUUAU